AUGACUCCAGCUGCGUUUGGAGCUCAGAGGGAGACCAGACUGGUGCAGAUGUCUGCCCUGCCAGGGCUUGUGGACCAGAUAGAGCCAUGGCUGUGUGUCCACCGAGACGAGGGUGGACUUGGGAGGUACUGGUCCCCACUGGCCAAGGAGAACGGCCAGUGCCUACAGCUGGGCAGAGGCCUGAAUUGUGGACUUCAUCCCAUUGACCUGAAGAGCCCAAAGGAUGCUUUGCCGCUGGGAUUCUUCUCUCAAAUUGUUGGAGGAAGACAGUUGGUGCCUGGAGGGCAGCCCUGGCAGGUGUCCCUCAAACUGGGCCAUUUCCAUUUCUGUGGUGGCAGUCUGGUCCGAGAAGAUGUGGUUAUUACCGCUGCUCACUGCAUGGUCAACCUGGAGCAGAAACUCCUGAAGAGCCUGGUGGUGACAGUGGGGGAACGUCACCUCCAGCGGGCGGACAGGCAGGAGCAGAGCAUCCCCAUCUCACUUGUCAUCAUCCACCCUGCGUUCAACCAGCUACACUACAUGGACUGUGAUGUGGCCCUGCUGCACCUGCAGCACCCAGCCCAGUACAGGGACGAGGUUCAGCCCAUCCGCCUUCCCCACAAGGAUGAAGACUUCCAGGCUGGGACACCAUGUGUGGCUAGUGGCUGGGGCAAGGUGUCUGAGGCUGCUGUGCCAAGCCCUCUCCCUGCACCAGCAGGGUGCAGUUCCCAAGGCGUGCCGCUCUUUGGAGAAAGUGGCUGCAUUUGGUACCCCCAGGCUUUGGAGGACAAUUAUCCUGACAACAACCUAUGCACCUGGAAUAUAACAGUGCCGGAGGACAAAAUCAUCCUGAUAGACUUCACCAAAUUAGAUGUAGAGUACCAAGUUGGAUGUGACUGUGACUGUGUCCCUCUAUUUGAACAGAAGAGAGCUGAUCACUGGUGCAUGUCCAGACAAGUUUCCGAUGUGUUAGCAGAGCCAGCAAGUGUCACGUGCAUUGGAGACACAGCUCAAAGGCUGGCUCUUCCUUGGUUCAAAAUUGGUUAUGAGGUGCAACAUGCAUGCAGAUUACUGGGUAAAUCCUGUGGGAAUGUGUUCCCAGCCCCUCUGCUGGCAGAGUCGGACCAGACCACCAUUACAGUUGUUUCUGAUGGGAGCAACACUGGCCGUGGCUUCAAGCUCACCUUCACGGCCAUCCAUAAGGACUCUGAAGCAGGAGACCUCGCCUGUUUGGGCUGUGGGAGUGUCGCAAUGUUAGUGGAAGAGGGGAAGAUUGAUACUGCUAAUUACCCUGGCUUGUAUCCCAGGAACACAAAGUGCCACUGGCUCAUUGAGGCUCCAGCAGAGUAUGUCGUAAAGCUGGAGUUUGAAGACUUUGCUGUGGAACUUAGCCCAAGCUGCAUUUACGAUGCAGUUACUGUUUAUGGUUAUGAAGAAGAAGAAGAAAACCAGUUGGAGGAGGCAGGCAGAGAAGAUUCAGGAUUAACUCCUGCACCAAUGUUGCCUCUGAAGGAUGUCCCCUUAGGUAAAGAAAUUAAAUUCUGCUCAGUUGAUCUGUGCCUGAGCCUUGUUUGCUCUCUGAAGUGCUCUCUUGCAGACACCUGUGGCUUUCCCCCAGUUACUCCCCAGUGGCUGUUCAAGUGUGUUAGUGGGGCUGAGGAGGCCUCUCCUCACUGUUGGGCAUGACACACUGCCCUGAAGCUCCUUGGAGACUAUCAGUGCGAUAGGGCUGUCAUCAGCCCUAUGUAGCUGCUGACAGCCGCCCACUGUGUGAAAUCCAAUAAACCCUUGCACUGGACUGUGACAGUAGGAGACCACGACAGAGCCCUGAGAGUGUCAACAGAACAGGUGAGACAGGUGAAAACCAUCGCGCUGCAGCCCCACUUCAACAUGCUGAGCUAUGACUCUGACAUUGCCCUGGUGCAGCUAGACGUCCCUCUGGAGUACAAGCUGCUGAGGCCAGUGUGUCUGCCCAACAGCACAGAGACGUUAUCUUCGUCUUCCCUCUGCACUGUGUCUGGAUGGGGGAUCAUCGAAGAAGCUGCAGCAGUGCGGAGGCCAAACGAGAUAACUGCGAGUCCUCUCUCUUUUGGUUCCUGGGGUGGUUCUGGUGGCCUCUUGGUUUGCAACAAGGAAAAUGAACCGUUUACUCUAUCUGGCAUUGUCAGCUGGGGUGUUGGCUGUGCCAGCCCAAAGAAACCAGGGGUCUAUUCAAGUGUGAGGAUUUUCCUGGACUGGAUAAGACUGCUGAUGAAAGCUGUGCUAUGUGGUACCGUGCAGUCUCCUGUGGUUCUCCAGAGGCCUGGACCUGUGGUGAAGAUGGUGCUCUGCUCCAUUGGCCCUGCUGCUUUCAGCAUUGAAUACUUGAUACUCAGAGUCCAAGAUCGGGAAGGAAUGAUUCAGUCAUUGGCAUACCCCAUGAGAUACGUAAAUGCCACCAGCUGCCACUGGAGAAUUGUAGCCUCAUUAAAAUCCAUUAUUCGACUUGAAGUCCUGGACUUCUGGACUGAAAGAAAUCUGUCUAAUUGUCAUGGCCAGCUGAUGGUGUAUGAAGGAUUUGGACUAACUAAAGAGUUCAUAGGUGAGAGAGAGCUCACCUUAAUGCUGGGGCUUAGCCCUCAAGAGAAAAAGGGGAAAAUGGAAGGCUCGCAUCCCAUCCUGGUCUAUUUUGGAGGCAACUUCUGUGGUGAUGCUUCCCUCUAUCCCAUAAAAUCUCGAGGUUCAGUGGUGACAGUGACCUUCACUUCCAAGGCUGAGGCAGCCAUGAAAGGCUUUCUCCUGACUUACUCUGUUCAGGAUAUAUUACCUGGUCUGGGAUGUGGAAACACCAAGGUUGCUGACAAAGAAUGCCCAGGCUUUGAUCUAAUUCCAGUUGGAGCCACUGAAAUAACAUCUCCCAACUACCCUGGCAUUUACCCUGACAUGCUGAACUGCAUUUGGACAAUUUAUUCUACUUCAGGAAAUAAGCUGAAGGCUGUACUUAAAGAUUUUGCUUCCGGCAGCAGCAGCAGCUUCCUGACCCUGCAUUUCAAACCUGAUGAAUCUGUGGCAUACAGAGGCUUCAAAAUCCUUCUUGAAGAGUUGUAUCAGCAGCCAACACAAAGUAAGCUGGAAGGCAGCAGCCAACAGAAAGGCAGAUUUCCAGCGGUGUAUCCAUUCCGUGUGCUGGGGCCUGCAACAAGUACAGAAUCACUGACAGACCCAUGUGGGAAGCCCAGGAUGGGUGAAGGUGGCUGGUCAACCCUGGUCCUCUGGCUGGCUAGCCUGCAGAAUGAGGGUCAGCACUUCUGUGGAGGCUUUCUAAUUGAUGAAAAAUGGGUCCUGACAGCUGCACACUGCAACUUCAGUUACACAGCCCAGAUCUGUAGCUUUGAUGUAAGCUCCAUCCGUGUUGGGGUCUGGUUCCUGAGAAGGCGGUUCUGUGGCAGCAACUUGCUCACCCGGCAGCGGGGAGGAAGCAAGCCCUGCCACAAGAUGCUUAACAGUGGGAGGGGGAGAGACGGGAGCUGCAGAGAUUCUGGGUGGCCGCUGAUCUGUGUGGUUGAUGUACGUUAUAAGCUGGUUGGUAUUGCAAGCUGGGGCAGUGACAAGUGCCAUCCAGAGUCACCAACAGUCCACACCAGGGUUUCUGCCUACAGACACUGGAUUUCGUCCGUCACAAACCAAAACGUGAUUAACGUGAACAGGAGGUUUUCAGGUUUUUGUGUAUUUUUCCUCAGUAAAGAGGUUGUGAUGUAUACUGGGUAA